GCAUCUAUCCAAGAUGGCCUCCACAAGAAGGAAGAACGGUGAAGGUCUGCAGGAAACCACAGGAGAGAUUACCUUGAAGAAGGUGAUUUUUAAAGAUGUGGCGGUGUACUUCAACAAAGAGGAAUGGCAACUGCUGGAUCCAAAGCAGAGAGCAUUGUAUGAGGUGGUGAUGAUGGAAAACUAUGAGCAUGUGUCCUCCUUGGAAGAACUUGAGACUGAAAAGAGAAUUGACACUGGAGGGAAACGAGAGAAAUGUCAGCAAUGUGGGAAAGAUUUCACUCAGAAGACAGCUCUUGUGGUCCAUCAGAGAGUCCACACAGGAGAGAAAACAUUCAAAUGCCAGCAGUGUGGGAAAGGCUUUGCUCAGAAGUCCCACUUUGUUGUCCAUCAGAGAGUCCAUACAAGAGAGAAACCAUUCAGAUGCCAGCAGUGUGGGAAAGGCUUUGCUCAGAAAUCAGUCCUUGUUGUCCAUGAGACAGUCCACACAGGAGAGAAACCAUUCAAAUGCCAGCAGUGUGGGAAAGGCUUUGCUAAGAAGUCCCACCUUGUUGUCCAUCAGAGAGGCCACACAACAACAAAACCAUUCAAAUGCCAUCAGUGUCAGAAAGGCUUUGCUCAGAAGUCAGACCUUGUGGUCCAUCAUAGAGUCCAUACAGGAGAGAAACCAUUCAAAUGCCAGCAAUGUCUGAAAGGCUUUGCUCAGAAAUCAGUCCUUGUUGUCCAUCAGAGAGUCCAUACAGGAGAGAAACCAUUCAAAUGCCAGGAAUGUGGGAAAGGCUUUGCUCAGAAAUCAACCCUUGUUGACCAUCAGAGGGUCCACACAGGAGAGAAACCAUUCAAAUGCCUGGAGUGUGGGAAAGACUUUGCAAGGAAGUCAAUCCUUGUGGUCCAUCAGAGGCUCCACACAGGAGAGAAACCAUUCAAAUGCCUGGAGUGUGGCAAGUCUUUUAUUUCAGGUGCCAGCCUUACAAACCACCAUAGCAUUCAUACAGGAGAGAAACAAUAGGAAUACAUGGACUUUGGGAGUUGUUUUUCUCAGAAUUCACACCUUUUGAAGCAUAAUAAAAUCCACAUUAAAGAGAAAGGGUAGA